GCUCCCUGCUGGCCAGAGUGUUCACAGUUGGUAAUGAAGUGUUUUUUUUCCAAAGUUGUUGCAUGCUUGUGAUCAAUAAACAAAAUCCUGCGUGUACAUCUCUACUAUAAUAAAUAUGUAAAGGAGACAUUUACUGCAUGGACCUAUUAAACACAGUUUAGAAUAAUGUUACCUCACAAUUUUCAAGCAAACUAAAAAGUGUCUUUCUUAAAUAACCGAUCAUGAAACAGAAUGGGAGCAUAUCUGAUGGGAAACAUGUUAUAAUUACAGUGAGUGAGGAGGGGGAGAAUGGUUCCACAACCCAUCGUCGAAGGUAUAAAAUCAAAGAGAGAAGAGCUAUGAGGAAUAGAUAUCAGAAAGUUCCGACAUACCCUUUAGGUCCUGAUAAAGACAUCCUAAAUUAUGCAUAUGGAUCAGAGACCAAUCUUGAAAGAGUUAGGGUCGAGUUUUUCACAAAUGAAAAAUCCCUGAAAGAGCGACUGCAGCUGUACUUCAUCAAAAACCAACGAUCAAGUCUUCGGAUUCGAAUUUUUAACUUUGCCAUCAAGCUAUUGACAUGUAUUCUGUAUGUUGUAAGGGUGAUGUCAGAACCUGAACCAUCAGAAUGUUCACAGCUCCAGAUUCAAGCUCAAAACACAUCUUCAUGUCAUGUGACACUUGACCCAGAUGAUUUCAAAGAAAACAAGGUCAUUAACUGGGAGAAUAUAAUAUGGGUGAACCGGCCAUUUGCUCUUUGGAUUGCUCAAGUCACAGUAGCCAUUAUCAGUCUACUUGAAACCAUUCUUAUACAGUACCUCAGUUACAAGGGAAAUAUAUUGCAACAGAUUCUGUCUGUAGAGUUUUUAUUGGAACUUGUGAAUACAGUUCCCUUUGUAGUAACAAUAUUUUGGCCUCCUUUGAGACAGCUUUUUAUUCCUGUGUUUUUUAACAUCUGGUUAGCUAAGCAGGCCUUAGAAGAUAUGUUUAAUGAUUUACACCGAGUGAUGAUGAAGUCACAGUCUGCCUUGUCUCAACAAAUCAUGAUCCUCAUAGCUACCAUUGUAUGCCUUGUCAUAACCAGUACGUGCGGCGUGCAGCAUCUCCAGCGUGGUGGUAACAGACAGUUUGAUCUGUUUGAAUCCCUCUGGUUCUCCAUGGUGACAUUUUCUACUGUCGGAUAUGGUGACAUAUACCCUGAUAUCUGGAUCAGCCAGCUCUACAUGUUGACUAUGAUCUUUGCAGCCCUCAUUGUUUUCCCCAGACAACUGGAACACCUAGGUUAUACUUGGUUAGAGAGACAGAGACAGGGUGGUGCUUACAGUAAUCACCGCGCUCAGACAGAACGCCACGUGGUGGUGUGCACUACCACUCUACAGUCAGACACAGUGCUCGAUUUCCUCAAUGAAUUUUAUGCUCAUGCCAUUUUGCAGGAUUACUAUGUUGUUCUGCUUUCUCCAUGUGACCUUGACCCCACAAUGAAGGUCCUCCUACAGGUUCCUAUUUGGGCUCAGAGGGUCAUUUACAUCAGGGGAUCAGCUCUCAAGGACUCCGACCUCACCAGGGCAAGAGUACAGGACGCUGAGGCAUGUUUUAUUCUGGCAGCUAGAAAUUAUGUUGACAGAGGUGCUUCUGAUCAACACACCAUUCUAAGAUCCUGGGCCAUCAAAGAUUUUGCCCCUCAUUGUCCUCAGUAUGUGCAAAUAUUCAGACCAGAAAAUAAAUUCCAUGUCAAAUUUGCAGAGCAUGUGGUUUGUGAGGAUGAAUUUAAAUAUGCUUUACUUGCCAACAACUGUCUAUGUCCAGCUACCUCUACAUUAGUUACUCUGCUACUCCACACCUCUAGGGGACAAGAAGGACAACAGUCUUCUGAAGAAUGGCAGAAAUUGUACGGAAAAUGUUCAGGAAAUGAAAUCUACCACAUCAAACUUGGUGAAAGCAAGUUCUUCAAGGAAUAUGAAGGAAAAAGCUUUACAUAUGCAUCAUUUCAUGCUCACAGAAGAUUUGGGGUCAGUUUAGUGGGAGUUGACCAGAACAUCCAAGACUCCACUAUCCAGCUGAACCCCGGCCCCCGACACAUCAUGAAGACAUCCGACAUCUGUUUCUACAUGAACAUCACCAAGGAGGAAAAUACGAGGACAUUUAAUCUGGCCCACCCUCAGGAGGGAGGACAGAAACUUGACCAGCAGAAUCUCCCCACAGGGACUCAACAGGCCUCUAGGGUGGCUAGCAUGAUUGCCAGUGUGGGUGAAGGUUUUGAUGAUUUUGAGCCAGGAACUGUAGCCCUAGAAUUACAACACACAAGAGUAGCUACCUCAGACUCCAACAAGUCCCUAAGUUCCCCAUCAGGUGUGAAACGCCCCUCCCACCUAGAACUUCCAAAAGGCUUGAACAUUCAGAGUCUUCAGAAACGUCCCAGCAUUGCCCCCGUCCCAGCAUUCCUAGAGGCUAACGAUAUCCGGAUCCAACUGAACUCAGAUAUAGAGUCAGAAGAGGAGGAAGAAAUUCCAUCCAUGGAUUCGGAUGAUACUGGAUUUGAAUAUGUUCGAGGAUUUCCACCUGUAACUCCAUACAUUGGUACCUCUCCAACUCUAUGUCACCUCAUGAAGGAAAAGAGGCCCCAGUGUUGUCUUAAACUUGCCACAGAAUGUGAACAUUGCUUCCAUAAGAAUGCUAAGGAAUACCAGUUUCCAAACAGAGCCAUUAUUGUGUGUGCUGACUAUGCCAGCAGUGGACUUUACAACUUUAUUGUGCCGCUCCGAUCUCAUGCUCGCCCCAGAGCUUCACUCAAUCCUAUUGUCCUACUGUUAGAGAGAGAACCUGAUUCCACAUUUUUAGAGACAAUCUGUCAUUUCCCAAUGGUUUAUUGGAUGAUUGGAUCUAUAGAAUGUAUUGAUGAUUUACUGCGAGCUGGCAUCAAUUUGGUUGAUAACAUCGUUAUUGUCAACAAAGAGUCCUCAAAUUCUGCUGAGGAGGAAACUCUGGCAGACUGUAACACAAUUGUAGCUGUCCAAACUAUAUUUAGACUGUUUCCCAGUGCUAACAUAAUCACAGAGCUUUCUCAGACUUCCAACAUGCGCUUCAUGCAGUUCAGGGCCAACGACUCCUACGCUUACUCACUUGCCAAAUUGGAAAAGAAAGAGAGGACAAGGGGCUCCCAUAUUAGCUAUAUGUUUAGGUUACCCUUUGCUGCUGGUAAUGUGUUUAGUGCCAGCAUGCUGGAUACACUACUUUAUCAGGCUUACCUGAAGCCAUACUUGAUCACAUUUGUUCGACUUUUACUGGGCAUAGAUCAGGCAGUUGGUUCAGGACAUUUAUCUUGUAUGAAAAUAAAAAAGGAGGACCUAUGGAUUCGGACAUAUGGUCGUCUCUAUCAGAAACUUUGCUCAACGACAUGUGAAAUUCCUAUUGGUAUUUAUAGAACAACUAUACAGCCCCGCAGUGCUCCAGUGACAGUGGAGUCACACGGUCCUGGGAGUACAGCUCCACGAGAUCAGUCUGCUCUGAACCUAGCCUUUAGAAAUUCUGUUAUCAGAAGAAAGCCGAACCCUUCCCAAGACAAGAAUGAAAAAGAUGUGAACCUAAGUGUAAUGGGAAUAGAGGUGGACAAUAACAACCAGAUGACCCCUGAGAGGCAUGAGAUCAGUCAGAUGGUCAAGUGUCGCAUGCACAGCCUAGGUCAACCAACCAAAGAUUAUGAUGAAGUGAAUGACAAGAGGAAUACAAUCUCCUAUGUGAUUAUCAACCCUAGUUAUGACCAGAAACUACAGCUGGACGAUGUCAUAUACUUGAUUAGACCAAGCUCAUUAUCCCCACAACCUUCACCCCUUAUUGACGAGAGAAAAUCCCCUCACAUCAAGAAAACCAUGAAGAAACGUGAAGAACCAACAGGGGCAGAUAAUCCUGACAAUGAAUCCAAGUGUCAAAGAGACUGUUCAAAUCUGCCUCAUGAAGGGCGGUUUGGCAAAGCUAAAAGUUUAUCAACCCUGGAACAAAAAGCAGAUGUGUUGUGUGAUAUAAGGAAAAGCAAGACUUUCUCACCAGAUGAAUUGAGAGUGAUUCCAGACAAGUUGGGGUACAGCAGUGAAAAUGAAUGGGAGUCUGAUUACUGUCACUCCCUGGAGGACAGUGAAGAACAGCCCAGAUUUCACCUUGACAACAGAUCAACAGAAGACAAUCCAGCCAAUGAGGGGACAGGAUUAAGUGGAACUGUUGUUUGAUUGGUUUAUAUAAUAAUCAGACAAGGCAACAAAUCAACAGUUCGGUGGACAAUCCAAUCAGUGAGGACAAAGGAUUAAGUGGAUUUGUUAUUUCUUGGUAAAUUCAAGGAAGUUGAUUGGUUAUAGUAAGAAGGGAAGAUAUUUUCUAGCUGUAAAGUAGGGUUGGUUUGAAAUUGGAUAAACAUUGUUUACAAUAUUUUUAAUGUUUAUCACAGGUGUUUGCUGUGUAAACAUACAUGUGAUAAGUUUGAUAUUCCUAAAUAUUCAAACAUGAAAUAAAACAUUCAUUUUAUUUAUUAAUAACUUAAUCAGAUCAGAUUUAAUCAGUUACCAUUUUGUGAAUUGUUGUCAGAGAUGAAGUGGCCUAUUGCACAGUUGACAUAACCAAAAUCUUGUAUUGUUGAGAACCUGCUUUAGCUUCAGGAAUGUAUUAUCUGUACAUUGAACCCAUAUGUAAAUGUUUCCAUUAUGGUUUUUUAUGUCAUUAUUUACUUGAUAUUUUUUAUUUGAAAUACAGUUUGUAAAAAUGAUUUUAUACACCUUUAUAUCAGGACAAAAAGAUCUCCUUGGCUUUUAGAUGUUUCUUCUUGAUGUUUACGUAUAUAUUAUAUUGGGAAGAUUAAUUAUUUGUUACUAUUGAGUUGAGAAUUUACUUGGGAUUUUUAUCAGAACAUGUAUAAGUGUUAUCUCAGAAACUUGUGUAUGCUCAUAUAAGUACUUUAUCUAACAAAUACCAAGUAAUUUAUUUUUGUUGUAAAAGUUGUUGAUUUAUUUUUCCUUCAAUUUUUGACUAAGGUUUCUUGAGUAGUUGAAAUUAUAAAGAUUGACAGUUUAAAUUCCUGUCAAAAUAUGUCAGCAUAUCUCAUUUGGUCAAACCAUAUGUACUUUAGUCCCUAUAUUGUCAAUAUUAUUUUUGACUUUUAAUUAACUAUGAUUUCCCAUCCCUUUUGUUGUUUUUAUUACAUUUUUAGCUCUUCUGAGCCAAAGGCUCAAAGAGCUAAUGCUAUGGCCAUUUGUGCGGUGUGCGUAAACUUUUUAGAAUAUGGGCCAUAACUCA